UACAUGACCAUGGGCACGACCGGACAUGCGCAUCGUCCUUUGGCGCGAGUAUCCCUUCGCUUUGAGCUUUCCAAUUGUUGGGUCUGAAGUCCUGGAAGAUGACAUACCAUGCGUCCAUCCAUUCGUGUCUCUCUUCGAGGUAUUUGGAAACAUUGACGAGUCCUGGAGCUUUGACCCUGGUUAACCCGGUAUGGGCCUGGUGCGCUUCAUGGCUGCGCUAUCCUCUGCAUCCUCACGUUUCCACGUCCCCUACCUACUGAUAGGACGGUCAAAGAGAGGAGUCACCGCAGCUGCGCAACAGUAUGUUCAUAAAACCUAUGUACAGAUAAAUAACCUUGGAUCGACCAAGCGAAGAGGCAAAGGCCCAAAUUUUGCAAGGAUCCUGGAACAUCAUCGGAAAGCCUUUCACCUCCCUGCAAGCUUCUUCGGAGCCGCUCGCGCAAUCUCAGUCGGCAAUCUUGGCUCUGUCCCGAAUGGGAGCAAGGAGGGCUGCGACCAUGUCCGGCACGUACAGCUCGCCGCCGAAUUUAGGAAGACAUCGGGAAUCUGCAAUGAUCAUCAGAGGCUGCUUGUUGUCACAGUGGCCAAAAAUCGCACAUCGCAAACUUGCAGACGUGCAACACAUACGCGGUGACGAUGGAAGCGAAUUCUGACGCGGCAAUGGUGAAUGGUGAAUAAAUCGCCAAUGUCUUCGAAGUUUGCACCAC